UGUCAUCGAGUUGUUUCGCAUUCCAAGUAUUUGUAGGCCUCUGACACCUCACACACACACAAAAUUCUAAAAGUGAUUUCUUGCCGACUAAGAGAGGCCGCCAUGCCAACCUUAAAGUUGCGUAUCGGUCUGCCCUCGAGGCGAACCAUGAGCAGCAUCUGCAUCUGCGGAGCCCUGGCCACCAUUUCGGGCCUGGCCUACAUGCGCUGGCGACUGGAGGACCGUGUGCGCCAGACGGAGUUCUACCAGAUGGCCAUCCAGCAGCUGCGCCAGCACAGUGGGGCCGUGGGUCUGCUGGGCGAGCCCAUCAAGGAGUCGGGCUUCAAUCUGUCCAACGAGAAGAACCGCUGCGACGAGGACAAGGCCCAGCUGCAGUUUAAUGUCCAAGGUCCCAAGGACAGGGGCACCGUCUAUUUCUGGGCCUCAAACAGCCAGAAACAGGGCUGGCUGAUCGAUCGCCUGGAGCUCGAGACGAGGCAGCACCCAAACACCCGCUACCUGCUGAAGAAGCCCCAGAACUACGCCCUGCUCAGCAGUGAUGGCGAUCCGGAUCCCCCCAAUGCCGAGUCCUCCGAGGAAGCGCAGCAGCUGGAUACGCCGCUCGCGCCGCAGGAGCAGGAGCUGGAGAUGGAGGAGAAGGACCAGGAGCCGGCAGCCCAUCAGCACCCCAGUAUUCAGAAUAAUCCUCCGCAUCAAUUGGAUCAGCGGCAGGGUCAGGAGCCAGUGCCUCACGUUCACACAGCGGAGGGCUGAUGAAUCUUUCGAGCUUUUCAAUCUGGAGCUAGCUUUGAACGGCUAUUUUGGAGUUCAAUUACUCAGUGCUUUCAGUUCAUCCAACAAAAUAUUUAUUAAAGUAUAUUGGUU